AUGGAUCGUAGUUCAGAGAGUGGAAAUGAUGGUGGCCAGGUUCGCAUCGAGAACGAAGAACAGAAGGAUUUGGUGGACGUUUUGCUUGAUAUUCAGAAAGAAAACUUGGUUGGUCUUCCAAUUGAUAGAGUUAGCAUAAGGCUCUCCGCUUGCACUGACACCACGCAUACAAUCCUAGAGUGGGCGAUGACUGAGCUUCUAAGGCAUCCAAGGAUCAUGACAAAUUGUACAAUGAGUGAUCAAGGAGACUCUUCACUUACCCAGAAGGCAGUGAUCAAGGAGACUCUUCACUUACCCAGGGUAGAUCUCAAGUCUUAUGACAAACCAGAGGAGUUCGACCCUGAAAGGAGAGGCUGCCCCGGAAUUCAGUUCGGCAUGGCUGUGAAUGAGAUUGCUUUGGCAAAUCUUGUGCACAAGUUUGAGCGGGCAUUGCCUGGUGCAGCAAGAGCAUAA